GCAUAAAUCUCAACACAACCACAAACGCUGAAACCAAAAACCCAACGUCUCUGUUUUUCCUUCAACAAUCAAAACAACACAACACAACACGAUGUGUCCUUCUGGCAGGAGCCUCCGCUCUAACGCUUCUUCUUCCUCGUCCUUGUCCGCCACGUCAGAUUUCCGACCGGCAUUUGACGUCCUGGACGCAGACUGCGACGGCAAAAUAAGCCGCGACGACCUCCGCGCCUUCUACGCUGGCAUUUACGGCGGCGUCGCCAGCGGAGACGAUGUGAUCGGAGCGAUGAUGACGGUUGCGGACACCGACAAGGACGGGUUCGUGGAGUACGAGGAGUUCGAGCGCGUUGUCACAGAAAACAAUAAACCUUUGGGGUGUGGGGCCAUGGAGGAGGUGUUCAAGGUGAUGGACAAGGACGGUGACGGCAAGCUCAGCCACCAUGAUUUGAAGAGUUACAUGGCUUCGGCUGGGUUCUCCGCCACCGAUGAGGAUAUCAACGCCAUGAUCAAGUUCGGCGGCGGCGAUUUAUACGGCGGAGUGAGUUUCGAGGGUUUGAUUCGCAUAUUAGCUCUUGAUUAUUCCGUCGCUAAUUAAUUAAUUAAUUGGUUAAAUCCCAUGAAUUACAUAAUGUGAGUCCAGCCAAAAUGGUUUUUUUGUAUUGGAUUAUUAUAUUGCUCUCCAAGGUUUAUUUAUGUGUAACUGGGAUAUGAGCUUCACUUUUUUGAUCAAUAAAUUUCAAUGUAACUUUGAAUUUGAUGAUAUGAUAACCAUACAUGUAAUUCAAAUUAUGUUUAGAA